CGGAUCGUCGAUUCUGACUCGACACACGACCCAAUCUUCCUCACGAUCGCCUGCUACGGUCCCUCAAUCAGGUUCCUAUUCAAUUAUAUUGUAAACGCGUACGCGUAUAUUCAUUUUUAAAAAUACUAUUAUUAAACUUGAAUUUGUUUUAUAUAUUUUCAUCGCUUAAUUAGUUUGGAGGAGUUUCUUUCGUGAAAAAUCAAGGAUCAAGUUUUUUAUUUCCUCCAACAGGAUUUAAAAAUAUAAAACAAAAUGAAGGUUAUUUUAGCAGCAUUUGUAUGUGCCCUGGCGGUAAAAACUGUUAUGGUGAUGCCAGUCGCUGAGCCUGGUUCAUCAGACCCACUACCAGUGGUACCAUUGGAAAAGAGUUCGGUACAACACGUGUUAAGGCGAGAGACUGUUGAAACAGCACCAGUUGUUACUGAACACAAAGAAAAUGAAACUCCUGAAGCACACAAAGCUCAUGAGGCUCAUGAAGCUCAUGAUGCUUCUCACCAACACCAGCAAGCGAGACUCGCUGACAAGCCUGAAGCAUUGCCGGAAAAAUUAGAGAAGAAAGAAGAAAAGAAAGAAGAAGCUAAACCAACUGAAGAGAAAAUAAUCACUGAAGAGAAGAAAGCAGAAUUGCCGGAAAAGAAGGAAGAACAAUUGAAAACAUUGGCUACAGAGGCUGUUGCUGAAAGCAUUGCACCUGUUGAAGCACCAGCUCCAAUAUCGGCCUCAGUACCAGCAGCUCCAGUUGAAAGCAAGCCAGAGGCAAUCGCACCAAUUGGUAAAAGUGCACCACAGGAAGAAACUGUUGAACCAAAGACCGAGGAAAAAUCAGCAGAUAUUUCAAAACCAGUUGCUAGUGAAGUUGCAUCUGAACUAGCUGUAAAAUCAGUAGCUGCUGUUCCAGAAGCAUUAGCGCCUGCUCAACCUGAAGCUGUUAAAGAAUCAAAAAUAGAGCCAGCACUUGUUGAAGAGAAAAAAGAAGAGGAAAAGAAAGAAGAAAUUAAGAAAGAAGCUAAAGCUGAUGACAAGACUGAACGAGUAACUCGUGGUACUGAAGAUGGAUCUCCAGCUGCUGCUGCCGCAGCACCAGCUGCAGCACCUGCUCCAGUGCCCGCUGCACCUGCAUCCGGUCUUGAAGUUGUUGCUGCCUCUGAUGAGCCAGAAAAAAAAUUAGAAGACAAAAAAGAAGAACCAGCUCCACUUGCAGCUGAAGCUCAAGUUGAAGCAGUUGAAGCAGCCAAAGAAGAGAAGAAACCUGAAGAAAUUAAAGAUGAACCCAGUGUCAAGGCAUUAGAGCCAGCCGUUCCAGCUGAUGCUGCUGCUGCUGCUGCUGCUGCACCCAUAACUAUUGAGGCUGAGAAAGAAAAAGAAAAAUCCAGUGAAAUUAAAGCCGUAGAACCAGUCGCUCAAGUUAAAAGUGCACCAAUUGCUAGUGAACAAGCUGCCGCAGAACAACCACAAGCAUCUGAACCAGUUGCUGUAGCUGAAACGUCACAACCUAAAGCAGUACCUGUUGCUGAAACGAUAAUUGCUAAAUCUGGUGCAGCUGAUGCUGUAAAAGAAACAAUUGAACCUGUCAAGGCUGAAGACUCUUCAAGUUCUGAAGAGAAAUCCAGUGAGGAAGAUAAAUCUGAUGAGAAGAAAGAAAAAUUAGUGGAACCCAAGGCUGCUGAAACUAAAAAAAUCGAUCCAAAACCCGAGGAAUUGCCAAAACCUCAAGAAUUGAAGGAAAAUUGAGGAGUAUAUCAAGUUUAAAAGUUCGACGAUGAUCAGACGCAUUCUGGUCUACAUUCAUUGACCCAUCUCUUUUAAUAAAAUACAAAAAAAAAAAAAAAAAAAAAAAAAA